UUGUCUCUCACAGCCUGUCUAUAAAGACAUUUGCACUUAAUUAUUCACAGAGAGAGAGAUAGAAAGAGAUAAAGAUAAGCUUUUGAAGAAGAUGAAGAAUAAUAAUACCAACACAACAAGAAGCAAUCUGGUGAAAGAUAAUGAACUGUUUCAUGUGAUUCACAAAGUCCCUUGUGGAGAUACUCCCUAUGUCAAAGCCAAACAUGCUCAGUUGAUAGAGAAGAACCCGGAGAUGGCAAUAGUGUGGUUUUGGAAAGCCAUAAACACAGGAGACAGAGUAGAUAGUGCUCUCAAGGACAUGGCUGUUGUAAUGAAACAACUUGACCGUCCCGAAGAGGCCAUCGAAGCCAUCAAAUCCUUUCGUCCUCGUUGUUCCAAGAACUCCCAAGAUUCCCUAGACAAUGUCCUCAUCGACCUAUACAAGAAGUGCGGGAGAAUGGAGGAGCAAGUUGAGCUGUUAAAGAGGAAGCUAAGGCAGAUCUAUCAAGGAGAGGCUUUCAAUGGUAAACCUACCAAGACCGCUAGAUCCCAUGGCAAAAAGUUUCAAGUGACCGUUCAACAAGAAAUCGCAAGACUACUGGGGAACUUGGGGUGGGCAUAUAUGCAACAAGCCAAGUACUUAUCCGCAGAAGCGGUAUACAGAAAAGCUCAGAUGGUUGAGCCAGACGCUAGCAAAUCAUGCAACCUAGCGAUGUGCCUUAUCAAACAAGGAAGGUUUGAAGAGGCAAGAGCACUUCUUGACGAUGUAUUUACCUCUAGGGUUUUGGGUGCAGAUGAUUGUAAAACAAGGCAACGAGCGGGUGAGCUUCUGAGUGAGCUAGAGGCUUCGUUACCUCGUCGGCUAGAUGCUGAGAUGGAGGAUGUCUUUGGAAAUAUCUUAGACGAUGACUUUGUUAUUGCCAUCGGGCUUGAAGAGAUGACAGCCAGUAAUUAUAGAUCUAAGAGACUCCCAAUCUUUGAACAGAUCUCCUCUUUUAGAAAUCAGUUAGUUUGCUAAUGAUUUGCAUUUCAUGUUUCUUAUGUAUCAUACAGUUCAUGUUUAAUAGUCUUGAUGGGUUAGAAAAUACAUGUGUUAUGUUUUCUUAUGUAAAUUUGUAUAUACAAACAACAAUAAUAAUGUCAUUUUACUUCUUUUUUU